AUGACUGCUCGAGUCGCACCUGGCUCCUCAUCCUACACAGAGCCAUCUACUACCAUGUCUCCAACUGCCGACCACGAUGUCCUCCGAGGCCGCAAGAGAGAGCGAAGCAUGACCCGCGGCAGCGUCCGCACAUUCAGAGCCGCACCAGCAGACGAGUCGAGCAACCUCCGAGGCCGCUCUCGUCGGCGCGCCGCUUCUCCAGCUCUCAGCUACACAUCUCGACCAUCCUCUCCCAGGAGAGUACCUUCUCCAACUCGACGCCGUCUGCUUCAUGCCCGUCUUCGAAGAGAGCACUGCCCUUCUCGUGUUGCGUCCCCCAUUGAGCAACAGCUCCAGCAGCAGCACCGACCCGUUCGUCGAAGGCAGCGAACCCGAAGCCAGAGCCGGGGUCCUCGGUUGGAGAUGGAGCUCGGCUCCCAGCAGCACACCGAUGGCUUUUCUGGACUGCGGAACGAGGUCCGAGCCUCGUCGUCUGACACGGUUGACGAAGCCAAGUCGGAUGCUUGA